AUGAAUGCGGGAGAGGGGAAUGCCUUCGUGGACACUCUAGGAGCUUCCACCAUCUCUAUGACUAAGGAGGCCAACACAGAGCGGCGGCGCCUCCUUAAAAGCGGCCACACGUGGCUGGCCUCCACUGUUGGCUUGCUAGUCGCUAGAGGAGAUGACACCUGCUGCAGUUCCCUUCUGAAGCCCAUAGGGGGAGCCUCCGUCCGUUCCCACGGCAACGCCGCCGCGCCCUGCGGCGCCUGCGCCGCUGCGCCGGCCAGCCUUGCCGGAUGCGGAAGCGCUGUCACCGGAAGUGCCGGCGGGGAGCGCCCGGCGGAAGCGGCCGGGAGGAGAAAGGCGGAGGGACGGACCGGCGGAGGGACGGACCGGCGGCGGGCGGUUUUCUUCUUCUUGCAGCAGCAAGCUUUAGAAAUGGCGUUGGAUCGUGCUGAGUAUAUCAUCGAAAGUGCUCGCCAGAGGCCUCCCAAGCGGAAAUAUUUAUCCAGUGGAAGAAAAUCUGUAUUUCAAAAACUGUAUGAACUGUAUCUAGAAGAAUGUGACAAGGAGCCUGAAAUAAAGAAGCUGAGACGCAGCGUGAACUUGUUGGAGAAGCUGGUGAUGCAAGAGGCCUUGUCGUGCCUGGUGGUGAACCUGUACCCGGGAAACGAGGGCUAUUCGCUUAUGCUCAGGGGGAAGAACGGCUCAGAUUCAGAAACCAUCCGGCUUUCCUAUGAAGAGGGAGAAUUGCUUGAAUAUUUAGAUGCCGAGGAGCUUCCCCCCAUCUUAGUUGAUCUCCUGGAAAAAUCUCAGAUCAAUAUUUUCCAUUGUGGCUGCGUCAUAACGGAAAUACGUGACUUUCGACAGUCCGGCAAUCUGAAAUCCGCGACGUACCAAAGCAGGCACGUCCUUCUGCGGCCAACGAUGCAGACCUUGGUUUGCGAUGUGCAUUCCAUUACAAGUGACAACCACAAAUGGACACAGGAAGAUAAACUCUUGCUGGAAAGCCAGCUGAUCCUGGCUACCGCGGAACCUCUCUGCCUGGAUCCCUCCAUCGCGGUAACCUGCACAACCAACAGACUCCUGUAUAACAAACAGAAGAUGAACACUCGGCCCAUGAAACGAUGUUUCAAAAGGUACUCCAGAUCAUCUCUGAAUCGCCAGCACGAGGUGUCUCAUUGCCCAGCUCCGCCCCAGCUCAGGUUGCUCGACUAUUUGCAGAAAAGAAAGGAGAGGAAAGGAGCCCAGCAGUAUGACCUCAAAGUCUCCAAAGCUGGAAACUGUGUCGAUAUGUGGAAGCAGAAUCCUUGCUACCUGGCUGCACCAUCUGAAGUGGAUGUGGAAAAAUAUGCGAAAGUGGAAAAAUCCAUCAAGCCCGAUGACUCGCAACCGAGCGUCUGGCCAGCACACGAGAUAAAAGACGACUACGUCUUUGAAUGCGAAGCUGGCAGCCAGCUCCAGAAAACGAAGCUGACUGUUUUCCAGUCGCUGGGGAAUCCCUUGUACUACGGCAGAAUCCAGAUGAUCAGAGGGGACGAAGACGGCGAUGGCCAGGCAGCCCCAUCACACUUUCUUAUUGGCUCAAAGUCAGAAGCAGAAAGGAUGGUCAGCCAGUACCAGGAACUGGUUCAGAAUGAAGCGAAAUGUCCAGUGAAGAUGUUUCAUAAUUCUGGCGGAUCAGUCCACCUAAGUCAGCUUUCUCCUGGGAAGGAAAUUGAACCAGAAAGUAUGUCCCCUUAUAUUCAGUCUUCGGUGCUGGGCAAAGGCGUGAAACACCGACCGCCCCCUAUCAAGCUACCUUCAAGUACAGGAAGCGGCUCUUCAGGUAACAUUUUUAGUCCCCAGCAGUCAAGCGGCCACCGAAAAUCCCCCACUCCUCCUCCUCCUCCACCUCCUCCCAAGCCGCCCGGCGUCUCUCGGAAGCAGUCCCAGGACCUGAACCAGCUGAGCUUGCUCUCGUCGGCCGGCCUGUCCCCGGCCGGCUCGUCACAAAGGUCCGGAACUCCUAAGCCAUCUCCUCCUCCAACCGACACCCCUUCAUCAACCCCACGCCCUCCCGACGUUCAGAGCUCCACUCUGGCUCCCCUCCCUGCCACCCCAACCCCCCAAGAUUCAGGCUUCACCCCUCCGCCUCGUUCGCUUGCCCCCUUUGCGCAGCAUCAAAUGCCCCCGAGCCAGGCCCUGCCCGUAAUGACCAUUCCUCUUUCCACCAUGGUAACGUCCGAUACUACAGGAACCUCCUCCAGCCAGGUCAUGGCAAACACUGCAGGACUUAACUACAUCAAUGUAGUGGGCUCUGUCUGCGGAGCGCCACAGACUCUGAGCAGCUCCAGCCCCAUGUUGGGCUGCGGGGCUGGCGCAGUGAGCCCCGCGGGCCUAAACCUUCCAUCGGGAGCCCUGCUGCCCAACGCCGGGCCGCCCAGCUCUCAGCCAGCAGGUGGCCCUUUUGGUUUAAAGAAUCCUUCAGGCCUUCAUCCUUUGAAUCUCCUACAGCUACCAGGCGGCUCCUUGAUUUUCAACCCGCUCCAGCAACAGCACCACCAGCAGCUCUCCCCAUUUCCUCCCCAGCUGCCGCCACAGUCUACAACCGCCAGUCCUCAGCAGCAGGCAGAGCAGGUAGGAGUACUGCUUUCUGCUUCAGAACAAGGCUGUGCAAAUCCAGACCAGCAAGCAGCUGUGAUUAAUCUGACCGGAGUAGGGAAUUUUAUGCCGCCUAUGUCAGCUGCAGCGGUUACGAUUCUUGCAGCACCAAAUGGUUAUAGUGGCAGCUGCUCAGCUCCGGCCUCGUCAUUCCGGCAGCCGGUCAAAAAGUAG